GUUUGCAGACCGUCAUUCUGUACUUCCUGAUCAGCAGCUUGGUCUCACCGUCUUUGCCAAGUUGACGUCGGUCGAGGGGUUUUAAUUAAAAGGGCCCAGUUGUCGAGUGCAAGAACAAAGGCCACGAAGACGACGAAUAGAGCAGCGCCGCCGUCGAAAACGCGAACACCGACCAGGAGCAGCAUUAGCCGCAGCCGCAUCCGUCGACACUUCCAUCAGUACCAUCCUCCGGAGCACGCACCACCACCAGCAGCAAGAUGAGCGAACUUGACCAACUUCGACAGGAGGCUGAACAGCUGAAGUCGCAGAUUCGGGAAGCCCGGAAAUCAGCAAAUGACACAACACUGGCCACCGUCGCUUCAAAUCUGGAGCCAAUUGGCCGCAUUCAGAUGAGGACGAGACGUACGCUUAGGGGACAUUUAGCCAAGAUUUAUGCAAUGCACUGGGCAUCAGACAGUCGCAAUUUGGUGUCAGCUUCACAAGACGGAAAGCUCAUCGUUUGGGACUCGUACACCACAAAUAAAGUUCAUGCAAUUCCCUUGAGAUCAUCGUGGGUGAUGACUUGUGCCUAUGCUCCAUCGGGAUCGUUUGUCGCUUGUGGAGGUCUCGACAACAUUUGCUCAAUUUACUCGCUGAAAACACGCGAGGGAAACGUGCGGGUGUCUCGUGAGCUUCCAGGACAUACUGGAUACUUGUCGUGUUGUCGAUUCCUUGAUGACAACCAAAUUGUCACCUCUUCCGGAGAUAUGACUUGCGCUCUAUGGGACAUUGAAACCGGACAACAGUGCACCGCGUUCACCGGUCACACUGGUGACGUCAUGUCGCUUUCACUUUCUCCAGACUUCCGCACAUUCAUCUCAGGAGCCUGUGACGCUUCGGCGAAGUUGUGGGAUAUCCGAGACGGCAUGUGCAAGCAAACGUUCCCAGGACACGAGUCAGACAUCAACGCUGUUGCCUUCUUCCCAUCCGGAAACGCGUUCGCCACCGGAUCCGACGAUGCGACAUGCCGAUUGUUCGACAUUCGUGCUGAUCAGGAACUUGCCAUGUAUUCUCAUGAUAAUAUUAUUUGCGGAAUCACUAGUGUCGCAUUCUCAAAAUCGGGUCGCCUGUUGUUCGCCGGAUACGACGACUUCAACUGCAAUGUUUGGGAUUCGAUGCGACAGGAGAGAGCUGGAGUAUUGGCUGGUCACGAUAACCGAGUUUCUUGUCUAGGAGUCACCGAGGACGGUAUGGCCGUGUGCACAGGAUCAUGGGACUCGUUCCUCAAGAUCUGGAAUUAAGAAACAUCAAAUGUCUUCCUUAAUUAUUCUCCAAUUAUUGAUUGAAUGAUGAUGACACUACGUGGCAAUUUUUUUCCCCAUUUUCCCCAAUUUUUUUCCGCUCUUGAAACCCCCCUGUUGUUCUCAUUCUUUCGUCGCUAUCCGCUAUCCCGGCGCCCUCUUCCGCGUGCCCGGAUCUCUUUUUCUUCUCUCACCUCUUCUCAUCGCUUUUUGUUCGGUACUUUCUAGUCUCUCUUCAAUCGCCCUCCCCAUAUUACUUUCCUUGACGUUUGUUCGAAUUUUCUCAUCAAUUUUUUUUACUAUGUGAAAAUUAUUAUUAUAGCAAUUCUCAACUCUCUCUCUCUCAUUUAUUUUUAUUUCACAUUUUCUGUGUCUCCCCGCCCCCCGCGAAGCUUAAUCUUUCUUCCUCUUUCACCACUCACUUUAGUCACAGACACAUACACAUGCGCGCGCUCUCUUUCUCUCCCCGAUCGUAUUCUACUAACAUGAUAUUCAUGCUACGACAAAAAAUUUUAUAUAUAUGUAAGACAAAUUUGUGCUCGGCGAGCAAGAUAUACAGUGAUGGAGCCACGCGCGCGGAGUACAAUUUUGAAAUCGAAAAGCGAACGCCACGCGCAUCACUAAUCCUAAAACCCCCACAUCAAGAAAAGCACAAUAUGAGAUCCAUUCUAAUUAUUAUUUCCUCCCGAUAUAUAAUUAUUUAAGCUUCUUUUUUUCUCUAUUUCUGGUAUCAUCUUCUCUCAUUUCUCGUCUUCUACACUAAUUUAAUUGACUCCCCCCACAAAUCUUCACCUCUUUUUUUUGUCUUCUAUGUAUCCCAUCGAUCCCUUUCCAGACCGUUUUCAACUUUUUCACACACACAAAACCCCCUAAGUUUUUUUUUCUAAUUUCUUUUAAUUCUCCUACCACCGUGAUUUUGUAAGUUCUUCCGAUCGCAAAAUUAAAGAUAAAAAAGUUCUCAUUUAUUCGGAUAGCUGCCACUUCUUUUCCUCUCUUCUCCCCCUCAACCCCCCACAUCUGUUUAAUCCAUCACAAUUCUUGAAAAAUGAACAUCCCCCAUCCCCCCAUCUCUUCUUUUCCCCAAAACACCCAAAAAAUCUUAUUUCCCUUUUUAUUCUUUUUUAUUGUUUCAAUUUCCAAAUUCUUAUAAAUUGCUGGAACCUUAUAA